AGGGUAUUUAAAGUUGAAAGGAGAAAGAUGAAAUGGGAUAGGGAACGAGUGCGACAAUGAAAAUUGGGAGUGAAAUAGAUAGAGAAUAGAAGACAAUAGAAGAGACUAGAUGGGGAAAUCGGGAUCAACCCCUGUCACUGCCUCUGCAAAGGUUCACCCUUCCAACGAUCCCGAACUGGACCCGGACUCUUACGCCCUCGAGAAGUUCAGACUCUACGAAACCAGAGCAAGGUUCUACCUGAUCAGAAGUGAUCGGAGCAAGAGGUUCUUCUGAGUGUUGAAAAUCGAUCGAUCAGAGUCGUCGGAUCUGAAUAUCCGCCAAGACCCCGUCCUGUAUUCACCCCAGGAGAUCAAGAGCUUGCUUCAACGGAUUGCUGAGGGUAACAGAGCCACUGACGGCCUCACUUUCGUCGCCAAGGUUUUCGGAAUUGCUGGCUGCAUCAAGUUUCUCGAGUCUUACUACUUGAUUCUCGUUACUAAACGUAGACAGAUUGGUGCUAUAUGUGGCCAUGCAAUCUAUAACAUCAAGGAGAGCCAAUUGAUAACCAUUCCACAUGUUUCAAUCAAAUCUGAUUUAGCUCACUCUAAGACUGAGCUCAGGUACAAAAAGCUUUUGUCUAGUGUCGAUUUGACCAAGGAUUUUUCCUAUAGUUACACUUACCCUAUAAUGCAAAGUUUGCAAAAGAACGUUUCUCCUAGCGAAGACGGAGGGAUGUCGUAUGAUAAAGAGAUUCGUUUACGGUGAAUAAUAGCAAAACUCAUUCUUUCAUUUUUGUUUCUAUCUUUUGAGUGUUUUCUUGUUAGGUUCCAAACCCAGGAACCUAACAAUUGGUCCGACCUGCCGGAUAUCCUUAGGAGAGGGGUCAAGAAUGGAUCAAGAAGUGGUCAAGAAAGGGGGAAGCAUGGAAGGAAGAGACAAUUCUUGGGAAAGGAGGAUUAGUGAACAGAAAAGGGAGCUAGCAGAAUGGAGAAGAAAUAUGCAAGAAAUGCGGCAGGAAACCAGCGAACUCUUGCGAGUUCUUAGAGGAAGGGUGUGGAACCAGGAAAAGGGAUUAGAAGGCAGUCCAGGGUUUGUAGAUGAAGAUCAACAUACUGUUAACGAGAAUCAGAGAAGGAGAAGGGAGAGCUCGGGGGAGGAACGAGAGCGAAGACAAAGGGGGGAAAAAUUAAACGCACUAGAAGGAAGAAUGGAGGAACGAAUGGCGGCAAUGGAGCCGUCAAUGCAUGGACGAAAGGCGGAGAUGGAGUCGUCAAGGGAGGAAAUGAAGGUGAAAACGGCGGCAGUUCGACAAGACUCGGCAGCCACACGCCAGGAUCUUCAAGAAGUGAGGCGAUUAUCGGGGGGACGACACCGCAUUCAAGGGGAACUAUCUGACGACGGUCAGACGCCUGUGAACGCCAAUAGGAGUACGAGACGCAAGGACGAAAUUGGGGGUGGAGAAGGUGAGUGGUUCAAUUGGAGAAAGAGGGUGGAGCUGCCCGUGUUCGAAGGAUUAGAUACAUUGAACUGGAUCAAUUGGGCGGAGCGAUUCUUCGAAUUUCAAGGAGUAGAGGAAGAGGAGAAGGUACGAUUAGCAUAUGUGAGCAUGGAGGGGAGCGUUGGCUACUGGUUCAAAGCUUGGAAGGAGAAAGCCAAGAAUUUUUCAUGGGAUGGUUUGAAGGAAGCCUUGGUGAUAAGGUUUGGAACCAUUGUUGAGCGGUUGACAGCAUUGAGACAGACGGGGACGGUGGACGAGUAUGUACAAUACUUCAAGAUAUUGGCGGGUCGAACAAAGAGGGUACCGGACAAGCAACUGUUGGGAUAUUUUCUUGUGGGAUUGAAAGAGGACAUCCGGAAUCAAGUCCAACAGCAUGAACCGCAGGAAUGGAUGGUGGCGAUGCGGAUCGCAAGGGAUGUUGGGGAGUUCCAAAGAGUUGCCGAACGGUCUGAGGACAAGUGUUAUAGCCCAUACCGAUCGGGAGUGGCCGAGCAGUCUAAGGCCAUAGAAGAACAAUUGUCUGGGGGACGAACGUGCGGUGAGGUGACACGGUUCGAGGCCAAUUGCUAUAAACCAAGCAGAUCGAAAGUUGCCGAGCAGUCUGAGGACAAGUGCUACAACCCAUGCCGAUCGGGAGUGGCCGAGCGGUCCGAGGCCAUAGAAGACAAGUUGUCUUAGAGACGAACGAACGGUGAGGUGACACGGUCCGAGGCCGAUCGCUAUAACCCAGGCCGAUCGAGAGUUACCGAACGGUCGGAGGCCAAGCGCUAUAGCCCAGGUCGAUCGAGAGUGGCCGAGUGGUCGGUCGGAUCCGAACAAGAGAAGACUGUUGGACCCAACGGGAGAGGCUUGACGAAGCCGAACGGGUUAGCACUACAAGCUGCAAACCCGAGAGGACUGAAGGAACCGAACGGUCCGGAAACGAACGGGAAAGAACUGCCGAAUCCGAACGUGAAAGGACAGGAGGAACCGAACGAUCUUACAUUUACAGUCAAAGGCCGAACGGUUUUACACUCAAAACGAUCUUCUAGUCAUUGGCCGAACGGUCUUACAGUUACAUUCAAAGGCCGAACGAUCUUACAGUCCAAACAAUCUCUUAGUAAUUGGCCGAACGGGCUUACAAUUAGAAUGAAGGCUAAGGAGGGAAAGGUGGAUGGAAGAAUCAAUGGUCGGGAGAGAAGGAUGGAUUUUGUGAAGAGGUGGACCAACGAACAAAAGAAGGGCCUUGCCAUUCGUGAGGCACCUGCAGAGGGGAGAGAACUUUUUGAAGCUUUGAAAGACAUCGAAGACCAUUUCUUCAGGGAUUAUAAUUCUGGAAAAGAGGUGACCAGAAUGUGGAAGCUUAUAAUUCUGGAAAAGAGGUGACCAGAAUGUUGGAAGCUAAUAAAAUCCAAGAAGAAUGGAAGUCAUUGGAGGAGGAAUUGCCACCACCCAAACCUCCAGACCUGAGUUGGAGGGCAGUUGCUAGAGGGUUCCAUUCAUAUGAGUACACAAUGAUGAAGAGGAGCCAUGAGAUCAAGCCUCCCAUUUCCAACCUUGAGGACAAGGUUGUUCGGCAGCAGGGUGUAAUGUUAGGGAUGGAGAGUUUACGAGUGAAGGAAUAAAACAUUAAAUGCCCAACUGCCUUAGCAGUUAGGAAGAGCGGGGUUAUUGGUUGUAUAAAUAGCAAAUAAUCAAUUGUAGUGGGGGGUCGAUUGUUUGAUUGUAGUCUAACAGGGUUUGUCAUCCUAAGGAGGGAGGUUAGGCUCUCUAGAGGGAGGUUAUGCUCCCAAACUCAGUCCUU